CCAGCCCGAAACUGAUACUACCAAACGAACAAACCGCCACCGGCGCCGCCGUCUACCUCAACUGCGGCAACCUUCUCCUACUACCUUGCCGCGGCCCUGCUUCCCGCACGACCUCAACACCGGCAGGAUGCGAUAGACCCGUGGGUGUCGAAUAACGCGCACCGCAAUGACCCUUGUCAAUGGCCAGAAAUCCGCCGCCGCGCUCUACUCCUCCCUGCUCCAGAGCUGCAUCGGCUCCAACGCCUUCCGGCAAGGCAAGUCCGUGCACCACCGGACAGUCAUCGCGCCCUCCGCCUCGCUGCCGGACCUCCACCUAAGCACCAAGCUCGUCAUCUUCUACUCCCACUUCGGCGACGUCGCGGCCACCCGCAGGGUGUUCGACGGGAUGCCGCACCGGAGCGUGGUGUCCUGGACGGCCAUGGUCUCCGCGUACGCCAAGAACGGGCGGCCCCGGGAGGCGCUGGAGCUGUUCGCGCUCAUGGUGCGGUCCGGCACCCGGCCAAACCAGUUCACGUUCGGAAGCGCUGCAAGCGCGUGCGCGGGCGCCCGGUGCGCGCGGAGCGGGGAGCAGGUGCACGCAUGUGCAGCCAAAGGGAGAUUCGCGGGGGACAUGUUCGUGCAGAGUGCGCUCAUGGACAUGCACCUGCGGUGCGGGUCGGUGGCGGAUGCGAGUCAGCUGUUUGCGGAGAUGGAGAGGAAGGACGUGGUGUCUUGGAAUGCCCUCAUCAGGGGGUUUGUGGAGCGCAGUCAGUACAGUGAUGCACUUGGAUUGUUUUCGUCAAUGCUGAGAGAUGCAAUGCUGCCUGACCAUUUCACAUUUGGAAGUGCUUUAAAGGCUUGUGGAGCAGUGAGUGUGCUCUCCAACGUGAAGCUAAUACACACUUGCAUCAUCAAGCUGGGUUAUCCAGAUGACAAGAUUGUUACUGCAUCACUUAUUGAUUCUUAUGCAAAAUGUCGGAGUUUGAGCAGUGCAAGGGUGAUAUAUGACUCCAUGUGUGAACCAGACCUCGUUUCAUCUACUGCACUGAUCAGUGGGUACUCUAUGGAUAAAAACCACAGCGAAGAUGCAAUAAAGCUCUUCUGUAAGAUUCACCGUAAGGGUUUAAGAAUCGAUGGUGUUCUGUUAAGUUCUUUGCUUGCGAUUUGUGCUAAUACAGCAUCAAUAAAAUUUGGGACACAAGUUCAUGCUUAUAUGUGCAAGAAGCAACAUAUGGGUGAUGCAGCAUUGGACAAUGCUCUAGUUGACAUGUACGCGAAAACUGGAGAAUUUGCAGAUGCUAGGCGUGCUUUUGAUGAAAUGCCCCACCGAAAUGUGAUUUCUUGGACUUCACUUAUUACUGCCUGUGGGAAAAAUGGUUUAGGAGAAGAUGCUGUGACCCUUUUUGACAGGAUGGCGGAGGAUGGUGUAAAGCCAAAUGAUGUGACAUUCCUUGCUCUUCUGUCUGCUUGUAGUCACUCUGGUCUUAUGAACAAAGGUAUAGAGUAUUUCACUUCCAUGAUGAGCAAGUAUGGUAUCAAUCCAAGAGCGGAGCAUUAUAGCUCUGCUAUUGACCUUCUUGCUCGUGGAGGUCAGUUGGAAGAUGCAUGGAAGCUUGUUCAGAAGAUGAACGCUGAACCCAGCUCAUCAAUGUAUGGUGCAAUGCUUGGAGCUUGUAAAAUACAUGGAAAUGUGCCUCUUGGAGAAACUGCAGCCAAGAAUCUUUUCAGUAUAGAUCCUAAGAGCUCUGUAAAUUAUGCUGUUCUUGCGAAUAUGUAUGCAGAGUCAUGUCUAUGGGAAAAUGCUCAGAGGACCAGAAAAUUAUUGGCCGAAACAUCCAGUGGAAAAGAAGUUGGUUGCAGUGUCAUAUGAGAAGGUUAUGAUUGAUGGAGACGAAAUUUCCUAGGAGCCCAGGUGAACAUGAGGCCAUACAUAUUCGAGAAAAAAAGGACAUGAGGCCAUACACUCAUGAGCAUCCUCAACUUGCGGAACUCUGAACUUAUGAAUGCUUGCCAUUUCAAUUAAACAAUAGGGAACUUGUGACUUAUCAGCAGCCAUCAUAUUGGUCAAUGGGCCUGUGACGCUUUUAUUCUGCUGAAUGGCUCACCAUGAUCACCAUCUGAAAAAGGAAUCCACACCUAGCCUCAGCUUGUGAGACAUCGGCAAUUGGCACAAUUGGCCAUGUCAAGUGCAAGCUGGGUUGUUGUUUAGUGCUGACAUCCUGGAUGAUAUCCAGGAUCUGGUGGCAGGGGAGGCUCUUUUCCUGGUAAGAACUAGCAGAACUAGCCAUUAAUCGUCGUUUGUUCUUUAAGUAAGAAAGGUUAAUAUUUUGGUGGAAAACAGGCACCAAAUUAGCUGAUUCAGGCUGACAAUGGUGGUAAAGGUUUAAAUUUCCUCAAUUUACCAAUACUGCCUCAUGUUGCUUGCAGUGAUGAGAGUUCAACUACUAGCAGAGUUCUUUCUGUUAGAGUAUAUUAGGCAACUCCAGAUAUGGUAGUUUAGGAUUGAUGUAA